AUGUCUGACCCCGACACGCACCGUACGCAAAAGCGCCGUCGCCUGGACGCAGCAUCUACGCUCUCCAAGCCAUUCAAAUCACCUCUGCGCCGCCGAACGACCGCAUCCAGCGAGAACGUUCCCUCAACGACAGAGCCAACUACACCCGAGGCAACCAAGCACAAGAACGAAUCACUCUUGAAUCCAGCUCCCACGCCAGGUAAUUCAAGCCCGAUCCUCAAAUCAUCCCUUCCAGCAUCCGGCUCCCCUAUUCGCAAACGCAAGCCCGCAAUCAUGACCCUUAGCACACCCACCACAUCCCCUCUCACAGACCCCAAAGUCCUCGAGCUACAGAAGAAACAGCGCACUCUCCGGACUCGCAUCGGAUCUCUCCGCUCUGAAAUCGAUACCGCACGCCAGGCUCUACGGAUUGAGUCCUCAAGCAAAGGCGCAGAUUUGGAAGCUUUGAUCUUCAAAUGGCGUUUCAUCAGCCAGGAAGCAGCCGAUGAGGUCUUCCUUGGUGCUCGGGACCGCGUCGCGCGUAUGGGUGGUCUAGGUGUCUGGCAAGAGCGCUCGAAGCGUGAUAAUGCACCGUGGGAUGAUUCGGAGCAGCAGAAGAAUGAGGACGGCGGUGAAGGGGACAGCUACAGUGGAGAUAUGGAGUAUGAUGGAGAUAUGGAUGUAGAUUCUCCGCAGAAGGGGGUUUCGGAGAAGCAGGACUCUGUCCAGGAUGAUGAGGAAUUUACAAUGGCGUUCAUGCUCAAGAUGCUCCAUGUCGAGGCUGCGACUAUUGGGUUUGAUGUUUCCGGUCAGAAGUGGAUUCGUUGA